AUGUCAGGAGCAGCAGCAUCCGCCGGCGCGUCGAAAUUCCAGGCGUUCAUGAAUCAUCCUGCAGGCCCGAAGACCGUGUUCUUCUGGGGCCCGAUGAUGAAAUGGUGUCUCGUCGCCGCCGGCCUCAAAGACCUGUCGCGACCCGCUGAGAAGCUCAGCAUCUCGCAGAACCUUGCCCUCACUGCCACUGGCUUCAUCUGGGUGCGGUAUUCCUUUGUGAUCACGCCCGUGAACUACAGUCUUGCUGCUGUCAACUUCUUCGUUGGCUCAACUGGGCUGGGCCAGCUGGCGCGAAUUUGGUAG